AUGCUGCGCACAUCGUUGCGGUGUACCCGCCAGCUCCAGAGCUGUGCGCCGCGAGCAAGCCUCUACACAGCUUCCGCAUCGCCGGCGAGAACAGCUAUUGCCGCAAGUCGCAGGCCGCUUGCGCUCUCCCAGCAGAAGCGGAGAUAUGCCGUCUCUGUAGAGGACACUAACAAGGGCGUUGACCCCAACGACUCGUUCCUCCAGGGAAACACUGCCAACUAUGUCGACGAGAUGUACAUGCAGUGGAAACGUGAUCCGUCGUCGGUGCACUACUCAUGGCAGGUCUACUUCCGCAACAUGGAAUCUGGCGAAAUGCCCGUCUCUCAAGCCUUCCAGCCGCCGCCGACCAUCAUGGCGACGCCCUCCAUGCACGGCGGCCUGGGACCUGAUCUGGGGGGAGGAAGACCAGGAUUGGGCAUGACCGUGGGCGAAGGCUCCGACGUCAUGAACCACUUGAAAGUGCAGCUGCUUGUCCGCGCAUACCAGGCCCGUGGCCACCACAAGGCGAAGAUUGAUCCGCUGGGCAUCCGCUCCGAAGCACACGCCUUUGGCUACGCAAAGCCCCGCGAGCUUGAGCUGUCGCAUUACAACUUCUCUGAGAAGGACCUGGACCAGGAAUUCGAGCUUGGUCCAGGUAUCUUGCCUCGUUUCAAGUCGGAGAGCCGGAAGAAGAUGAAGCUUAGGGAAAUCAUCGACGCUUGCGAGCGCCUGUACUGCGGCUCGUACGGUGUCGAGUACAUUCACAUCCCGGACAGGGAACAGUGCGACUGGCUCCGUGAACGCAUCGAGAUCCCCCAGCCCUACAAGUACUCCGUCGACGAGAAGCGCCGCAUCCUGGACCGCCUCAUCUGGGGCACCAACUUCGAGGCCUUCCUCGCCACAAAGUACCCUAACGACAAGCGAUUUGGUCUGGAGGGUGGAGAGAGCUUGAUUCCCGGAAUGAAGGCUCUCAUUGACCGCAGUGUCGAUUACGGUGUGAAGGACAUUGUGAUUGGUAUGCCGCAUCGCGGACGUCUUAACGUGCUCAGCAACGUCGUCAGGAAGCCCAACGAGUCCAUCUUCAGCGAGUUCGCCGGUACCACGGAGCCGAGCGACGAGGGUUCUGGCGACGUCAAGUACCACUUGGGUAUGAACUUCGAGCGUCCUACACCCUCCGGCAAGCGCGUACAGCUUUCCCUCGUCGCCAACCCGUCGCAUUUGGAAGCCGAGGACCCUGUCGUGCUCGGAAAGACUCGUGCUAUCCUGCACUACAACAAUGACGAGAAGGACGCACGCACGGCUAUGGGUGUCCUCCUCCACGGAGACGCUGCCUUUGCCGGUCAGGGUAUAGUGUACGAGACCAUGGGUUUCCACUCGUUGCCAAGCUAUCACACCGGAGGAACUAUCCACCUGAUCGUGAACAACCAGAUCGGUUUCACCACUGACCCCCGUUUCUCUCGAUCGACCCCGUACUGCUCCGACAUUGCCAAGGCAAUUGACGCCCCUGUAUUCCACGUUAAUGGCGACGAUGUAGAGGCGUUCAAUUUUGUUUGCCAGCUUGCAGCUGACUUCCGUGCCGAGUUCAAGAAGGAUGUUGUCAUUGACAUGGUCUGCUACCGAAAGCAGGGUCACAAUGAGACUGACCAGCCGUUCUUCACCCAGCCGCUCAUGUACAAGAAGAUCUCCGAGCAGGCUCCCACGCUCGACAUCUACACCAAGAAGUUGUUGGAGGAAAAGACCUUCACUAAGGAGGACAUUGAUGAGCACAAGGCCUGGGUCUGGGGUAUGCUCGAGGAGAGCUUCAACCGCAGCAAGGACUACCAGCCAAACUCCAAAGAGUGGCUGACUUCCGCCUGGAACGGUUUCAAGUCGCCCAAGGAGCUCGCGACCGAAGUCCUACCGCAUCUUCCCACCGCUCUUGAAGAAUCCAAGCUGAAGCACGUUGCCGAGGUGAUUGGUAAUGCUCCGGAGGACUUCACGGUGCACCGCAACCUGAAGCGUAUCCUUGCUGGCCGCACCAAGACCGUCACCGAAGGCAAGAACAUUGACAUGGCAACUGCCGAAGCUUUGGCUUUCGGCACUCUCUGCCAGGAGGGCCACCACGUCCGUGUCUCUGGACAAGAUGUCGAGCGUGGUACUUUCUCGCAGCGUCACGCAGUUCUUCACGACCAGGAGACUGAGAAGACCUACACACCACUGCAGCAUGUGAGCGAAGAUCAAGCCACCUUCACCAUCUCGAACUCUUCAUUGAGCGAGUACGGAGUCCUCGGGUUUGAAUAUGGUUACUCACUAUCAUCGCCCAACGCGCUUGUUAUGUGGGAAGCCCAGUUCGGUGACUUCGCCAACACCGCUCAGGUCAUCAUCGAUCAGUUCAUUGCGUCUGGCGAAGUGAAGUGGCUUCAACGUUCCGGUCUCGUUCUUAGCUUGCCUCACGGCUAUGAUGGACAGGGCCCUGAGCACUCUUCUGGACGCAUGGAACGUUACCUCCUUCUUGUCAACGAGGACCCGCGCAUCUUCCCGUCUCCCGAGAAGCUUGAACGCCAGCACCAAGACUGCAACAUGCAGAUUGCUUACUUGACCAAGCCAUCUAACAUGUUCCACAUCCUCCGACGACAGAUGAACCGCCAGUUCCGCAAGCCUCUCAUUUUGUUCUUCUCAAAAUCUCUCCUCCGCCACCCGCUUGCCCGCUCAUCGAUUGAGGAGUUCACUGGUGACUCUCACUUCGAAUGGAUCAUCCGCGACCCCGCCCACGAGAGCGGCGACAUCGAUUCCGCCGAGGAGAUCAAGCGUGUCAUCCUGUGCACGGGUCAGGUCUACGCUGCGCUCGUCAAGGAGCGUGAGGCCCGUGGUCUCAAGGAUGUCGCUAUCACGCGCAUUGAGCAGCUCAACCCCUUCCCUUGGCAACAACUCAAGGAGAAUCUCGACUCGUACCCCAACGCGCAGAACAUCAUCUACUGCCAGGAAGAGCCGCUGAACGCAGGUGCAUGGAGCUUCACGCAGCCCCGCAUCGAGACGCUGCUCAACCAGACGGAGCACCACAACCGCAGGCACGUCAUGUAUGCCGGUCGCAACCCGAGCGCGUCGGUGGCUACUGGUCUGAAGGCCAGCCACAAGAAGGAGGAGCAAGAUCUGCUUGAGCAGGCUUUCACGGUCAAGCAGGACAAGCUCAAGGGCGAGUAA